AUGCUCGCGAAGGCACCGCGACGGCUACCGUAUCUCCCUCGACAAGGCGCUGCCCGUGGUCUCUCAAUUGGAUGUCGUCGCUACAACCACACUGAAGGCAAGAAGCUUACUCCCUGGAAGGUGGAUGCCACCGACCAGCCGUCUGUUCUCGUCGAGGAAGAUUUCGCUAAACACACCAUCUUCACCAUCGACUUCUUCAAGCGCUUCAUCAAAUUCUCUGCUAUCGGAUUUAUCACGCUUGGCGUCACGACAUGGACGGCGUUCCAAGGCGUACACAUGUAUGUCGAGCAUUCCGAGCUGGCUGCUGAGACCGAUGAGGAGGCGCGCAAGUGGGAAUGGGACCUCGAGGCGGAUAGGUGGUCAGGGGGUCCUGCAGGUGGGACAGAUCCAGGUCUGGGCUUCACGGGCAGAGUUGCAGUUCGCAGUGCAUGGAUAGCACAGAACUGGGGCAUCGGCACCACUUCAAGCGUUAUCUCAUCCAAAGCCUUCAGUGGUCGCGCGGGCUCCGGAGCUGGCGGUCUGAGCGCGAUCGACGGGAGUUUGGAGUUUGCCCAGGAUUUUCUGAACGCAGCUAUCGAUGCCGGAAUGAAGAAAGGACCUGAGCGGCUUCACCCUCAGACUCUAACGGAGCUCAUCGUGCGACACGCCAGUAUCAUGGAGCGCAUGGGUACACGGGAGGCUUUGUUCGAGGCCAGGUCCGAGUUCGAGCGCGUGUGGGCCGGACUACCAGGCAAAGGGUUUGAUUCCACCCGCAUUGCUCUCAAACUUGGCGACCUCAAUCAAAGGCUAGGCGAUCAGGAGGAUGCGAUAGCGUGGUGGGCGCGCGCUAUCCAGUUGAGCCAGGGUUCCAACGCAGCUAUCAUCAGCAUGCCGCCUCCCGUGCCCGAAUCUGCGCCAUUGUCUCCUUUUGCUCAGCGUACCUUGAUUUCAACGUUGGUGUCGCUAUCUGCAUACUACGCAACAUCUGGCCAGCUGAAACAGGCACAAGCUCUGGAGGAGUCGUCUCUAAAUUUGUUGAGAUCGAUGCCUACUCCAGCUUCUUUCGAAGCAGCUUCCAGACCUGAAGCACUGCACGCAAUGUACCUCCUUCACCGUUCCUCCCUGCUUUCCAUCCAUUUAGCAGAAGUCUCGUAUGCCCUUCGCAUGAAACCGAUGACGUCGUUGGAGUGGCUGUCGAGAGCAGCAGAGUCCUCGGAACGCGUUGCGCUCACUUUGACCGGUCUUCCCCCUGUUCACCCCGAUGCACCUCAGUCGCGGAUCCCGCAUCCACCGUCGUCUGAGACGCCGCUAGUAUCAGACUACGCGAAGUCACGGUCUAUGAAGAAACCAGCGAAGAGCCUGUUGCGCGAUGCCCGCCGGACCGCUGCUGAGGCGUGGAAUCUCAUGGGUAUUCUUGUGGAGGCAGGCAGUUCUCCAGAGACAACUGAAAAGGCUCUGGAAUGCUACGAGCGAGCAUUGGGCUGGGCUGGCGUUGCCGCGGAUAGGGCGGGUCAAAUUGGAAAGGCUGGAGACGGAACUCUAGAGUCGGAGUGGAAGAUUCUGUGGGCCAACUACGUGCGUGCUCGAGAUGCGACCUCAAACAACUUCUCUCAAAACCACCUUCGCCACCCUGCCAUAGCCGAACGUUUCCUCGCCGACCGCGCUGCCCCACUCUGCAGCCUUGAUGUGGCGAAGUCCUUCACCCAGCUCAGUUCAAAGGAGAAGAAGUAUGCUCACUAUGUAGGACAGGCAUCCUGGGCUGGCGCGCGCAUCAUCCAGGACCAGUGGACUCCCUACGCUCACAAGCUGCACAAGCUGCUGCUCUUGACGUUCAGCAGCGGCGGCAGGCUUGCAGACUUGGAAAGCUUGAAGCAGAGGUCGGCUGUGAGCCCGGAGGAAUGGGAGGACUUGAUGCAGUACACCAGUCAAGUCUUGAGUAACCUCGUGAACUACAGGUCGUUCGGUUUUACGAAGAUCGUACCACGAAUUUCGCAGGACACGUUCGCCGCGGUCGUGGAGAAGUCGGCCAACGCUAGCGAGGCACUGGCUCUGUGGGCAGAACUGAAAGACCAUAUUUACCAAGUCGUUCCGGAGUCAAGCAACUUCAUUGGCAAGCCUCGUCUUGGACAGGUCUCCAACUACUACCUCGGAGAGCCUAUUUUGGACGAGGAAGUCGCCGCUGUUCAAGCAGCCGCAGAGAAGAUCGGGGUCGAUGUCUUGAACACACGCGUAAAGAAGAACGGCUCAGACGAUUUCGUUCUGCUCGUCGCAUCAGCCCACCCUCAGCCCAGUUCCUUGCAUGAAACUGAGAUCUUGGGCAAAGGAGCUAAGGUCUCUGUAGAGUACGGCGAUUUCUCUCCACCGUUACAGAACGCGGUUCAGGCUCUCAAAGAGGCCCGGAAAUACGUCACCAAUGAGCAUCAAGCUGCAAUGAUCGAUGGUUAUAUUGAGUCCUUUGAGACUGGAUCUAUUCCAGCACACAAGGCGGCCUCGGCUGAGUGGGUCAAAGAUAUUGGUCCGGUCGUUGAAAGUUACAUCGGAUUCGUAGAGACCUACGUAGAUCCUUACGGAGGCCGCGCCGAGUGGGAAGGUUUCACCGCCAUCGUGGACAAGAGCCUCAGCAAAAAGUAUGACAAACUUGUGAAUGACGCCCCCGAGUUGCUUAAAGUGUUGCCUUGGGGCAAGGACUUCGAAGUCGACGUCUUCAGGAAGCCCGAUUUUACUGCCUUGGAGAUUGUUACCUUUGCUACAGGAGGUAUUCCUGCCGGUAUCAACAUUCCGAAUUACUAUGAGAUCCGUGAAUCUGUAGGAUUCAAGAAUGUUUCACUUGCUAACAUCCUUGCGGCGAAAGCACCCGAUGAAGAACUCACUUUCAUCCACCCCGAUGACGUGGACCUCUACAACGCAUGGGAUACACGUGCAUUUGAACUGCAGGUAGCGAAUCAUGAGCUACUCGGCCACGGGAGCGGUAAGUUGUUCCAGGAGAACGCGGAUGGGACACGUAACUUUGAUGCGUCCAAGAUCAUAAGCCCGCUCACGGGCAAGCCAAUCACAUCGUGGUAUAAACCUGGUCAGACUUCCGGUUCCGUUCUUGGGGAAGUGUCGUCCUCGUUCGAAGAGUGCCGUGCCGAGACCGUUGCGCUGUACCUCGUGAGCAACCCUGACAUCCUCAGGAUCUUCAGCUACAUCGACAAGACGGACGUCGAAGAUGUUCAGUACAUCACCUUCCUUCUGAUGGCGCGCGCUGGGCUGCGCGCUCUUGAGUUCUAUGAUCCCGCGACGAAGAAACACGGUCAGGCGCAUAUGCAGGCUCGGUUGGGCAUUACUCAACACCUUAUCAAGUCUGGCAUUGCACGACUGGAAGAGAUCCGUUCAACGGACGGGACGCUGGAGAAUCUCUACAUCCGCGUGGACAAGGAGAAGGUGCUUUCCCAUGGCCGCGAAGCCGCCGGAAAGCUCCUCCUAGAGCUGCAGGUGCGCAAGAGCACCGCCGACGGCGCAGGUGCGCGCGAAUAUUACACUGCUCUGACGGCACCCCUUCCGGGAUGGGAAGGAGACAUUCGCGACCUCGUGCUGAAGAAAAAGCUUCCGCGUAAGAUCUUCGUGCAACCUAACACGUUCGUCGAGAACGAUGAAGUUGUGCUGAAGGAAUACCCACUCACGCCUGCUGGUGUCAUCGAGAGCUUCAUUGAGCGGCCAUUCUGA